CAGGGAGAUCGUGCGGUCUGCCUCCGUCUUCGCCGCCUCCUCGGUUGUUCUGCGAGGGAUGGAGGCGUUCGCAGAGGAGGAGCAGUGGAUCCAAGUUGACGACCCCAACGGCAAGAGCUACUGGUACAACCCAAAGACACAGAAGACCAGCGCAACCGAUCCCAACAAGUCCGAAGCUUCUGCUUCAACCUCCGCUAAGGAAGGAAGCUCGGCUGCCAGCGGUGCCUUCGCUGACGUCAAGGUCACCAAGAUGGGAGGUCUUCUUUCUCCCUUCAAGGAUGUGAACAAGGGCUUUCAAAUCUUCCGCCCAUCUGGAUGGAAUCAGUUCGACUCGGCUCCAGGAGAGUACGACGUUAAGUGGGAGGAUCUGGUCGAGAAGAGCGAGCUGGUCAUGGUCGGCAGCUCGCCUGUCAAGUCUGCCACCGACGUCAACGUGCUGGGACCCGUUGACAAGGUCGGAGCCUCUCUGGCCUCGAAGAAGAAGGCAGAGCUGGUAGAGGCCAAGGAGACAGAGAGGUCCGGGAUCAGGUUCUAUACCUUCGUCUUCAAGGCGGGAGACGACAAGACAGGAGCGAGAGAAGUUUACCAGCUCUGCGUGAACAAGGGAAAGCUGUGGAGCGUUACUGCAACCACCGCUGAGAAGCGCUGGAACAAGCGCAAGGACUUGUACAGUACCAUCUUCUCCUCCUUCGUGCCGAAGCUCUAGAGGAGCA